UUUCUCUCUCUUUUUUUUUUCUAGUGUAGAUAUAAUUAUUAUGGAUACUCCCGGAAGUACCUUUAGAUUAUUGCAACCAGACAGUUCCGAAUUGGCUGCUAAGAUUGUCUCGCUUCUCUCUUUUUCAUUGUUAUCCACCCUUUUUGGAAUUAAGACGUAUAAUGUUCAUUUCAGAUACUUGACAUAUUCACGAUGGUUGGUCCUUGCACUUUAUGUUCUUUCAUGGACUUUUACUAUCACCAGUAUGUUGCUGAUGACAACCAACAAUAAUAAUUACAUUUCAUGCUUUUUAUCUAUCAUGGUGUGUGACAUUUUUUAUGCUGGCACUAAAAUUACAAUUUAUGCAUGGUUAAUAGAGAAAAUAUAUGUUGUCUCUUCAAUUAGACAGACAAGGUGGCGUUCUAAAGCCUACCGUUUUCACGCAUGCCUCAUGUUGCCUUAUAUCGCUAUUUUUACAUUAAUGUUAGUUUUUCAUACAGCAGAAAUUGAAGAAAGUGGUGUGUGUAUCAUUGGAUUACAAAAUGUUGCCUCUCUUCCGCUUUUGAUUUACGAUUUUUCGAUCAAUUUGUACAUGACUAUUUUCUUCAUUCGUCCUCUUGCCAAGUUAGGAUCAAGUGCUAAGAUUGGCUGGAGGGCUUCUAGAUUGAAUGAGGUCGCUUUACGUACUUUGAUGGCUUCUCUAGUCUGUCUUAUUGUCUCGUUUGCGAAUAUCUUUGCACUUAUCAUGUUCAAAGGACGGGAACGAGGUCUUGUUUGUCUGACUUGUUGUACUGUUGAUGUUACUAUUAACGUCAUUACUGUGCAUUGGGUAACUUCACAAACACCAGGAAAACGCAUGAAAGACACAGGUGUUGAUGUAUCCUCACAUCACCAACCCGAUACAAAUGAAGAAGAACAUGUAUUUCACAGCAAUCAUAGCGAUAUCGACUUACGAGUAGCACAACAAAUCAACAGAAUGGUGGAUGAAAACCUGUAUGGUUUCACAACUACCAAUUUCCAUCAUUUUGAUAGCGAUUUCAAAGCUGCACCUCCUUAUUCGCCUCCUACUAACAACAAGAAAGAAGCUGAUGUGAGACCCAAUGAUGACCAAGCCUCAGCAGACAGUCAUUUCUGUAACUCAUCUAUUCAUGAAUCACAAUGUAGUCGAAAAUCACUUACAAAACAAUCAUAAUGUACUUUUAUUAAACUUUGUAUUGCGGCACACUAAAAUUUUUAUGUGUCUGAGUGACGU